UGUCAUGCAUACGCAAGCGUAGAUACACACAAUCCUUUCUUAUAUACAUUUUUAAGUAACGAAUCUGUGAUGUUAGGCAUGCGAAACCAACCAAACCAACCCAGCAAACCCUCUGUGCGAUUUCCUUCAUCGCUUGUACCGUUGGAAAGCGAUGACAUUCCCAUAGCACACAUCAAAGGCUUUGAAGGUGUGUCUGAGCUCAAUGCUGAACUUAUGUGCGGAAAUGACGCAAAAGUGCUACCGGACGCAAGGGUAGGCCCUGCACUCAGAGCAGUAUUGAGUUGCAAACCAAGGGAUAUCAGGAAGGCUGCCGAAGAUCUUGCUCUGGAUUGUGUUGCUGGAUGUAACCUGUCGUCGCAUCUCCUUGUGAUUCUGAACUUCUUGCGAGAAGACGGCCGUAGAGUCCCACCACACACCCAAGCGGGUGAGGGCGAGUUUCCAGUUGACAAGGUAAAGCAGAUAGCUAAAAAUAGCACACCCACCGGGGAAAGGGCUAUAGAGUCACACUCAGCCUCGAGUGUGCAUACUACGGCUGAGAAACUGUUUGAUCAGUUCGCGCAGGAUGUCAUCUCGCGCGAUCUCGCCAUUCCGCUGGUGGACAGAUGGCUGCAGCAACGCAAGGGAACUAAGGAGAAGCACAACACGCGCACCGCUGCGUAUGCGCUGCUGGUGGCGCUCCUGGAGAUAGACUAUGCAUCUCACACGUCUCACUCGAUGGCCUCAACGGUCAAAGCACACCCCAGGAGUGCCAGCCUAUCCUUCAUGUGCAGUCUCACACGAACACUGCGUGCGGUGAAAACAGGUGGUGUUGCUGAAGAUGGCAGACUCUAUCUGGGGAUUCUGGAGAUCUUCAGGCGCUUCGCUGAAGCACGCAACGCCCACGCCCCGUUCACAAUCCAAGGUUGUGCAGCCGACCAGAGUUCCCCACACAUACCACGUACUGCGAAAGAAAGUUCGAUACAAACACCUCAGAAUAGAGAAUUUAAUCCGCGGCUAAGUAAUAGUCAGCAAGGGCCAUCCGUCAGUGUGGGCGUCUGCGAUUCCGGUGCUCGCACAAGUACUGCACGACAGUAUUACGGGGGAUACAUUCUCAGCGUGUGUGCAGAACAAGUGGUGUGCUGUGUGGUGCCUAGCGGUGGAAGUGAAGCACAUAGUACGCCCUGCACUUGCACCAAGCAUAGGCGUUCUGGCGACAGGGGCGUAUAUUGUGUUUCUCACAAGGGGGGCGAAGAUGGCAACGAAAUAGACUCGGAUUCCGAUCGGUACUGUGGUGUGACAGAGAGACCUGGGACGAAGUGUGAUAGCAAGUAUUCGAGCAAGUUCACGCAAGGUCAUGAAACUGAAAGGAGACGUGACAGGGACUCAACACACGGAAGGACAUGCAGAGAUGGCCAGAGCACACAACAGAGAACGCCAACACGGGCCAAUGGGAAGGCGGCGAAAGCUGCCUUAGCGGUGUGCCGUGCCGUAGCCGAUUUUGAACUCAAUAAGUACCUAUGCCUCCCCACCGCUUCGCUAUUCCUCGACGCGCUCAGUGACUGGGACUUCAAGCAUAUUCGUGUUCCUGAGAUGGCUGUAUCUGCAGCGCACCGCCGCUUGCCAUCCCAGCUGAUCAGAUUCCUGAUCAAAGACGCGGCUCGGUUACUAGGCGCACCUGCCGUACACAGCAAAAAGACUACCGAAACCAAUGGUGGCGAAUGUCUCAACCGUGCACAACUGGCCGGAGUGUUUAAAUGGAUAUGCAAUGUGGUGGACACGCACUUGCUGACUCCCCAUAGUGCCAAGGACGUUACGACAUUGUUGAAGGCUCCUCUCGCUGCGAUCGGCAAGCAAACUUGCCCGAUGGAGCUUUUCAGUAGUGCGUGGGAGUGUGGUUUGGCGCACGCCAUGCACGGCCCAACUGUUCUUCCCUCCUUUGUCGAUGAGAUUAUAGAUCCGGACGCUCCCUCAGUGCCAAUGGACGAUGCAACGAGUCUCGCGCUCUUCCUUAUUACCAAGGUGGUACCUAAAUUAGGCUACGAAGCCGCCGCCAGCAGCUCUAGUAUGUGUAAGUGCGACCUCACAUACUACGGAGAUGACAGCUGCACGAGUGACGCCUACGUUCAAGCAUUCAUUGUACGACUACUCGAGUUCUGCAUGGAAUAUCGUACGUGCGUAGAGAUGGAGCGUACUCGCAAACCCCGCACCAGUGAAAACACACACGGAGAAGCUUCCUCAUUUGCUCCGUCGACAACCGGGACACAGGUUGAAUGCCUAUGGCUGGCAUAUAUGUACCGUCGAGAACUUGCUUUUAUCUCUCGCGAGUGGACGCAUCGCUUAGCCGCGCACAUAGCUGGUGUGCUGCAGAAAGUUGACCCACUCACCCGUGUUACCUUUAUAGGCCGUAGAGAGGCACUGGUUACAGCGACAGCGCAAAAUGUACUGCUUGGGGCGGUUGAGCGCUGGUUGGUGUUCGGUGUAUGCGACUCGCGCAUACACUCGGGGGGGACACACUCGCAGCGAAUUGACCCAAGCACUCACACCCAUGCAGGUGCAGAAGAAGGCGGGGAUGAGGGGUGUACUGGUUCUGGGCUUGAGGUUGGGGGCCUUCCGAUGUGUGUGAUACGUGCGCUAAACGAACGGUGCGGAGACACCCUCGACAGAAUGGGGUGCGGUUUUGCAUGCGAGUGUGGCUGCGAACAUGCACGCGACUACAAAUGUAAACAUAAGUGCAGAAGUAUGACUCAGCACAGUGGCAAGGUUUCACUUGGUCGUGGAGAUGUAGCCGCGUACAGUAUGACUAGCGAUGCACAGUGUCUGGCGACAGAGUCUUCUGCGCCAAACACCUUGCUAGUUGAAUGCAGCAGUAGUAAGGAAGGGGAAUAUGGGGGUGAAGCUAUCGUUUGUAUGCGAAGUGUGCACCCAUUUGACCCGAAGUGGGUCGAGUGCCUUGUUCGAUACGCGGUUCAAAGCUGCUGUAUGAUUCGACACUAUUCAGAGGAGAACCACGAGGGCGGUCUUGAUAACAGGUCCAAUAAACCAGGGGACGAAUCAAAAUCCUCCGAAUCGAAAUCGAAUUGUUCUGAUUCGAAACUGGAAUGGCCCAACUCCCAGGAGCCUCUCUCUGGGCGCACAGCUGAAUGUACGGGCCACAGUCGUACGUGCGAUGUGUGUGAUUGCUCGCAUGCUAUAUGGGCGAAUUUCUUGUCUAUGCUGUUAAGAUCAUCGUCUCUAGAUUGCACUGUCACCACGCCCUAUACACAUAUCAAUACACACUCUGAACACGCACACACGAACGCGCUAUUAGAACUUAACCCGCUGCAGACAAUACUUGUGCGUGCCAUAAGCGACGGCAUAGCGUAUGGUGAGCACUUGAGUGACUCACCCGGGUGUGACCGAUUGAUCUCUGUUGUGGAAGGCGCUGACUACAACGACAACCGUUACACUGUUGUGUACUCCGAGCGCAUCCACAUCCAAGACACGCCCCCGGCAACGGCAGUAUCGGAACAUCCCACUGAAGCGGUCGCUGGCUUAGAUGGAAUGUUGUCAAAAGGUGCGUAUACGCAUACUGGAAAACGAGGGAAAGAAGUGCAUGCCGCGACUUCAGGAGACUCUCGUGGGUGUGUGAGGAAAGGGGUCAGUGGUGUGUCUGAUAUCGCCAGCGGACCCAAAGUGGUUGAGCUAUCAGCCGACGAAGACAGUGGAGAAGGAGUAUUGGAAUAUAGCGCAAUAACAGCACCCGCCAAACUAUCCCAAGGGCAAUCGUCGGGAUCAAACCUGACUGUGGGUGUGGAUGGCGUGAGGGGCUUGAGCAAAGCGCACACGCCGAUUGAAAGGUGGGGGUGGGACGGUACGGCUGUUUGGAAUGUCCUGCUGAGUGCUCGAGACGGGUGCGAGACAACUUGCACAUACGCGCGCGCAAGUACAAGCACCAACACAUGCCCUUUUACAUCAGCUAGCGUCAAAUGUAAGGCAACAGAAAAGAGUAUGCACACACCUACAAGGCAAGGCGCGAACUUGUGUACUUGCAAUACAGUCCGAGCGCACACAACGUCGGUGUACGGAGUGGUACUGAGGGCGGUGUGUCGGCAUGUUGUGGGUGCAUGGAAACAUAGUGUGGGCCCAGAGUCUUCCGAAACAGACGCAGUGGGAGGUAGUGGAGUCAAGCAGCCAGAUGAAGUGAAGCAUGAUUGGGCGAGAAACAUUGAGCGUAGCUUAGACCAGACUCACAGUACCGUGCGGAGACCGCCGGGAUGUGAGUCACGUGUACAAAUAUAUGGUGCAUCUGUGAGGCCAAGGUGGGCUGGGUGUAUUGCUCCGAGUGCACACACAGGGACACAGGUGGUCCCACAUGCGGGGUAUUUUGAAACUCUGCUGCACCGAAUUAUGAGCCUACGUCACUACUGGCCACAUCACUGUAGGUUGAAUGCGAAUGACUGUGCGUGCAACUGCGAGACACUCCAGGGGCCGGGAGUAAGCCCUACAGGCUUGUCUGUAUCUGACAGUAAAGGUUUGAGAAACGUUACCGGGAAGAGAGGCAGUAGGGCAUACGCUGGAUUAUUGCAAGCUGGUGAGGGGGUGUCGCUAUCUCCUAACGAAAUAGUUACGAUUCGUGAUGAGUCUCCUGAGUACGAAGUGCCUUUGGAUAUAUUUAUGGAAGAGGUGGUGCACCUAGCACAGGAAAAACCGGGCCACAAUGCACCCACCGUGAUGUUACGGGCUAUCGCGGCAAUUAUCUCCAGCCACCUCACAGGAGAUGAUCACAACACAUCAACCCUGAACCACUCAACAAAUGCGACGAGAGUCACGGCGGCGCAUCGAGUUCGCAUGGAUGCCAUUUGUACCACAGUGUUACGUACUCUACUACGGUACACGGGCCAGAGUCUCAGAGCGGCCGUAUCUACGGUCAAAACAGAGUAUACAGAAGAGGAUACCACUAAGACGAAUACGAACGGUGAAGCAUUCAAGAAGCCAUUGAGUCAACAAGCAAAAGAGGAGGCUCCUCAAAUGUUAGAGGAGCAUGGGUUGUUCACCCGGUUAUCCCCGCUGCUGCUACUGCGCUGCCUUCCCGUUUGCACGUUCCACGAGCGCGUAACGAAGAAGCCCUUCUCUUCGUGCGCGAAUGACCAAACAAGCCUUACACACCCACCUGAGUCAAUCCAAGGAGAUAGCCCAUGUGAUUCGGUACCAGCCACACAUGCUGAGCGAUCAGGGAGUUUGGCGGGCGCACGGGACAGCACCGAGCGCUCUGUUAGCGAUACGAUGCGCGAUCUCAUGAUGCAAUACAUUGAGAAUGCGUCAGAAUACAUUGAGACGCGCAAGGUGGCCGCUGAGCUGCUAUCGCGCCUGUGCCCAGAGCGAGGCGUAUGCGAGAGCCUGGAGACCGUUGCCAAGCUGAUAGGCGAGUACGAGGGGACCGUUGCUACUCUGUUGGGAAGCAGAGCAGAGUCGCACGUGCAAGUAGAGAAGGAUACCUCCACAUCUACAACUGGGGUGCCAGACACUCAAGCACUGGGCGGAGCGAACGCACGAGCUCGGUCACGACGUCUGUACGAUGGACUGGUGACCUCUAAAUUGCUGAUAUACACCUGCAAUUUGGCGAUAGUCCGGAUUUUGAAAUCUGGUGCGAGGUCCGAUCCUGAUCCGAAACCUCACGAGAGCAGCAGCCCGAGUCACUUGCAUGACGCGUCUAUCUGUCAUCACAGCACCAACAGCCGGUAUCUGCCUUUUGCUAUAUUUCACGCUGCUGCGAAGGUGUUCUCUGCUGCGAGUCCUUGCUCAGAGUGUCUACCAGUUGAGUCUAUCAGGGGCACGAGUAUACAGAAUGAGCGGCUGCGGCUAUAUGUAGAUCGAGAGUACGGGGACGGAUCUGCGAAAGAAACGGCCGACGCCCUGCGAAAACUUAAGUUGGGUGUAUCCGACCUGUUGGGAAUCAGCAUACUUGCGCUGUCCGAGACCGAGGUGGUACACGAACACAUAGCCCCAACCCUAUCAACAAAGCUACGCUUGCCCUCGGGUAUUUCAGCCGAAUCGCAAACUCAGGAGAACCCAUUAAGCAAAGUGAACACAACGCCAGAACCAUUACUUGGUACACGCAAGACUUCCAAUCCAUCGGUGGAGCCACACACAGAUUGCUCUGCUUCUAGGAACAGUCUCUGCGAAUCUGCAGAUAUGGUCCAGUGGGUAAUCGCAGCCGUAGCAACUCCCGCCGCACGCGUAAGUAAACGCCACAAUUUCACCAGCGGAGAAGAUAUUUGCUGGGACCGACGGCGCGGCAAGUUCGAUGAGGAAGACAGAAGCCGACAGUCAGGCCUAGAUGGUGACAUGAGCAAGCAUGCGGACAGUGGUGGGGAUAUGGACACGUGUGCACCGUGGCUGAUCUUCGCGCUGGGGUGUGCGCUGCGUUUGGCAGUAGACAAAGGGUUGUUCGAGCACGCCAGCACCCGCCAGCAUACGUUUGAGAGGGUGUGGGCAGAGGCGAAGCCCUUCCUACUCAGCACCAUCUCCGGUUCUCCGGUCUCGAGUUCAGGUGACGCUUUGCAAUACAUGCAUGCCGAUGUGGGUGACGCUCCAGCUCGCUCGGAUCCGCAGAGCACCGUGUUGCACACUAUAACGGCACAGUCUGUGCUGAAAUCGGUAGCCGAGACGCACUACCGCGAAAUGACCGACGUAGCACGGGCCAGGCAUCACCGGACGGGUUACCUACAAGUCCCUGAUAUGUGGGAUAUUCUCCGAAUCUGCAUCCAUGUCUUGCAUGCACCUCCGCACACCAAGCGGAGCGCAACAGCUAUGUCCUCAGCACACACCGACCUGCAAAAUAACGCAAUACAACGUAGUCAAUCAGUUAUCAUGGCUACGCGCCAGGAGCGGGAGCGUUUGCAGGGGGUGGCGGCCACACACUGGGAUAUUCUCAGCGUGACGAUACCUGUACUGCGGUCGCUUUCGGUGGCGAGAACCCGCCGACAGUUUAACGCGUCAUCCCCACCACUGGAAGCGCUGCGAGGAUACCUGGAGAGACUGAUUGGUGUGGAACCGGAGCCUCGUGUAUGUGCAGAUGCACGUAUACGAUGUAACAGCCUGUGGCACACAAAAGGUGGUCCGAGCUACACUGGCAAUAAGGAAGAAGACGAUGCCAUGAAUGGCUCAGAGAAUGCAGCCAAAUUGCUUGAAGUGGAUGCAGAUAAAGUGGUAAUGGAGACUACGAGACGACGACUUGUUCUGUACGAGUGGAUAGAUAGUGUGUCGGUAGUACCGUCGGAGAUGCUGCGCUCGUGCGAGCAGUUAGGCGGCGGGUGGGGUGAGUUGUAUGUGGUGAGACCUUCCCUGGUGUUUGCAGCUAUGAUGAAUCUUAAGGCACUGCAUGGCAUAUUGUAGCAGCGCGCAUUAUACUGAUCACUGUGUAUUGUAUACACAUUGGUCGGCGCAAUUAUAGCGCAGCGACAGAUUGACACAUUGAAAGAGCCAAUCUUCCAUAGACAAUCACCACUUUGUGACAUGUAGGUACGACCUACGAGGUCAUGUAGUUGUUCUCGCCAGCACAAGUAUCAAAUGGUGCAAGGCGGAAAGCGCAAGGAAAUGGGAUAUACAGCUUGUCAAUCUGUCUUGUGCGAGUAUUUGUUCAUCAAAGAAUAAUGUUAAAAUUAAAUUUCAGCACGAGAGUGAAAGUGCUCGCACAGAAUGUGCUAGCAUUCCAAUAAUUGCAUUAUGAUGGAUAACAACGAAUGAUAGGAUUUCUUUCUAAGGGUUCUGUUUAUCGUAUUGUAUUUGUAUCUAGAUCUCGUUUUGCU